AUGGCACAUCCCUCACAACUAGGAUUGCAAGACGCGGCCUCCCCUGUAAUAGAAGAACUCCUACAUUUCCACGACCACGCCCUAAUGAUCGUACUCCUAAUUAGCACACUGGUUCUUUAUAUUAUUGUGUCAAUGGUUUCUACCAAACUUACUGACAAAUACAUUCUGGACUCCCAAGAAAUUGAAAUUGUGUGAACUGUCCUACCAGCAGUAAUCCUUAUUCUAAUUGCACUUCCCUCCCUACGAAUUCUUUACCUCAUGGACGAGAUUAACGACCCCCACCUAACUAUCAAAGCCAUAGGACACCAAUGAUACUGAAGCUAUGAAUACACAGAUUAUGAAGACCUGGGCUUUGACUCCUACAUGGUUCCCACACAAGACCUAGUACCAGGACAAUUCCGCCUACUAGAGACAGACCACCGAAUGGUUGUUCCAAUAGAAUCCCCCAUCCGAGUUCUUGUAUCAGCGGAAGACGUACUCCACUCCUGAGCCGUUCCAGCACUAGGUGUAAAAAUAGACGCAGUACCAGGACGCCUAAACCAAACCGCCUUUAUCGCCUCCCGUCCCGGCGUAUUCUACGGGCAAUGCUCUGAAAUUUGUGGUGCAAAUCACAGCUUUAUGCCAAUUGUGGUAGAAGCCGUUCCUCUAGAACACUUUGAAAACUGAUCCUCACUCAUACUUGAAGACGCCU